AUGUCAUUCAUAUCAGGACUUGAGAAGAAGUAUUCACAAAAGGCAGAACUCAAGCCUUUCUUCGAGAAGCUAAAGGCUUCCAUGACUGUCUCAUCAAAGGUUGCUUCCACCAAAUCCGCACAAGACUAUUCUUCUACAGCUAAAUCAACCACUGAUGAAGAGCAGACUACCCAAGAAAAACUGAUGACGAGUCCUAAUCAAUUUAAAGAUCUCAACAGCAAAAUCGUGGGAGAAAAGAAAGUGUCAUCGACACAAGAAACAGAGAUCAAGCAGAAAAUCUCAAAGAUUGAACAAGGGUCUCUCAGCAGUCUCAGAAGCAGAGCAUGGAGCAUGGCCUCAUCUGAGAAACAGAACGCUGCUUCAUCUCAGCAGCAGAACGUUGAUUCAUCUCAGCAGCAAAACAGUAUGGGUAAGCUCAAGACCAAUUGA